CGAAGUGACGAGAAGUUAUGUUUUGUGUUGAUCAUUGAACAUGUACAUUGCUAAAAUGGCAAUAUCAACAGUAAUUAUUCGGGUUUUGGCGUUGCUUUCUACGAAUUUUCUACUGUCAUGUAGUAUACAGGUAAACCCGAUCAUAGAAGAAGAGCAACUGCUAUGGAUAUCUGGCCAGGAUAAUAUCGGCGUCUAUCGCAUUCCACUCUUGACCUACACGCCUAAGGGUCAUCUGCUGGCAAUCUGCGAGGCCAGGAAAAAUGGCGGAGGGGAUUCAGGACCAAAGUUUCUGGCCACUAGGAGAUCGGAGGAUGCAGGCCAAACUUGGAAGACCCAGGAGUUUGUCCUCAAUGAUGGGCCAAUCGUAGACGGCCUUAAUCUGGGCGUGGUCAUAGUGGAUGACAUCACCUCAACCAUCUUCAUCUUCUACCAGGUUUGCGGUCACUACGUCCAGUGCAACAUCUCGACCCAGUAUUACAUCAAGAGCAUGGAUGACGGCGUCACGUGGACCCAACCUUACAACGUCUCAAAACAGAUCGGGACUAAGGUGUUUGCUGGCGGUCCCGGUUAUGGAAUUCAGAAAAAGCAUGCACCUCACAUUGGACGAUUGAUCCUCUGCGGUCAUAGUACAUUGCCUGGUGAUGGUCUUUUUUGUCUGCUCAGUGAUGACCAUGGUGACACGUGGAGAUACGGUGGGAUGGUCAAGAGUAUCCCCUACAACACUGCCAAGGUCAAAGGAGACUUUGUACCAGAUGAAUGUCAGCCUUUGGAGCUACCAGACGGCUCCAUAAUGGUCAACGUAAGAAACCAAUAUCAGUACCAUUGUCAUUGCCGAAUGAUCUUCAUGAGCUACGAUGGAGCAGAUUCUUUCAAGACGGAUGACCUGCGCUUUGACACGACCCUGGUUGACCCAACCGUAGCAGCUGCCAUACUCUAUCACCAGGGCGUCCUAUUCUUCACAAAUCCUGAAAGCGAUACUCAUAGAAUAAAUAUGACGCUACGCUGGAGCUACAACAACGGCACUACCUGGGCUGGCUCCCUCCCUGUCUGGUCUAAAGACAGUGGCUACAGCACCAUGACGGCAAUACCCAAUAACGUUCAAGAUAGCAAGUAUAUCUACAUCUUGUAUGAGAAGGGACAGGUGUCAUCAACUCAGUACCUCUCGCUGGUGAAAGUCAGCCUUACAGGAGAUCUGUAGCACUUUAUGUGACAGAACCAAUUGUAUUGUAUACAAUGAUAUUAAACUAAGUAAAAAUCUUGAUAAAUUUAAAAAACUCUUGAAAAAUGAAAUGUUCUUGCAGUACAAAAACCACGCUCAAUUAAAUAAUGAAUAACUUUUUUUUUUUUUUUUUUUUUUUAAUUUUGUAUAUAAAUGUUUUGUAAUACUGCAAAGCACCAGCGGGGGGCGGAUAUAGUGACGCAGUGUCGCUUGACGUCGUGUCCUGUGUUCGUCCUUUGCUGGUGCUUUGCUGUAAAUGUCUUAUCCUCAUAUACAUGUAGGUCUUUAUAAUCUUUUUUCUUGUAUAUAUUUGUUUUCCCGUUAAUGAUGUUUUUGUUAAUUUUCUCGAUAUAUGUGCCAUGGUUGGUGCCCCAAUCACAAGUUUGUUUUCAAACUUCUUCAGGGGCCCCUAACCCCAUGUUUUUAUAUUUUCAUGAAUUAUUAUUGUAUAUGUAUCUUUUUAUGGUUGAAUAAAUAAAUUGAAAUUGAAAUUGAAAUUAUUUUAGGAGUAACAUUAAGUUUUUCAAAUGCAUAUUGUUAGUACAUUAAAUCACCUAUAUAUUGCAAAGAAA